AUGUCAACCAACCCUAACAACAACAUCAGUCAGCCCGGCGCUGAGGGCCAGGACCCUUCAGACUACAAGCCCCAGCUCGACGAGAUUGCCGAGAAGAAGUGGCAGGGACCCGAGGAACAACAGCCACCCCAACAAAGCGGAGGAAUCGUAGACAAGAUCGCCGAAUACGUCCCAGCAUCAGUUACCGAAAAGAUUGGACUAGCAAAGAAGCAGCAACAACCCGAGAAAGAGGUUGAGGAACCGAAAGAGGACCUCAGCGCUGUACCACCGCACCGUCCCCAUCACGACGAACAGAUCCAGGAGUUUUUGAGGGAUCAGCAUCGGAGUAAGGAGAUUUUGGGGGAUGAUGAGGAUACCAAGGGGAUUUGA